AUGCCUGAAGAAAAAACGGCGGUCGAUAUUCGCGAUGAGAGCCGUUUGGCUCAGCUUGGAUACAAGCAGGAACUGAAGCGUGACUGGAAGCUAAUGCACAAUUUCGGUGUCUCAUUCUCAAUCAUUAGUGUUAUCACUGGUAUCACCACGCUUUUCAAUUAUGGACUCACUACAGGCGGUCCGAGCGUCAUGGCGGUCGGUUGGAUCAUUGUUUCGUUUAUGACCUUUUUCGUCGGAUUGAGUAUGGCAGAGAUUGUGUCUGCAAUUCCAACUAGUGGAGGGCCAUAUUUCUGGGCUGCGACACUCGCCCCCCAGAAGUAUAGCGCGUUUUUCUCUUGGUUGACAGGAUGGUUCAAUUUCGUCGGACAGUUUGCAGUUACCACCGGAAUCAGUUUCGGAUGCGCGGGCCUCAUUGCGACAGCUGCGACAAUCAAAACGGACUUUGAGCCAACGGCAGGGAAGACAAUCGGCAUAUACGCAGCUAUUCUGGUCAGUCAUGGGCUUGUGAAUACUUUUGGUGUCCAUGUGCUACGAUAUCUCAAUACCACAUCGAUCAUCCUCCAUAGCUUAGGCGUGUCUAGUUUGGCGAUUGCAGUUGUCGCGAAAGCUCCGACACAUCAAACUGGGUCUGAAGUUUUCCAACAUUUCUAUGACGGAACCGGGGACCCAGGCUGGUCAGUAAGGGCAUCGCCGGCAUACGUUGCCAUCUGUGGCAUUCUCCUCAGUCAAUAUACGAUCACAGGAUUUGACGCUUCUGCUCAUCUGUCAGAGGAAACCCACCGUGCUGAAUGGAACGCACCUAUUGGUGUUCUCAUGUCUAUCGGUGUCUCCGCUGUCUUUGGAUUCUUCCUCCUUCUUUGCCUUCUUUUCUCAAUUCAGGAUUUUGCUGCUACAGUGGACCCAAAUCAAAACUAUGGUCAACCUGUUUUCAAGAUCUUCGUUGACGUCUUCGGCGAGUCUGGCGCCCUUGGCCUCAUAAGCAUUAUCAUUCUCUGUGUCUGGCACUGCGGCCUCUUCAGCCUCACAAGCAACAGCCGUAUGAUGUUUGCCUUUUCACGUGAUGGUGCCCUGCCACGAUUUUUUGACCACGUUGAUAAACGGUUUCGAAGCCCCAUUAGGACGGUAUGGCUUGCUGCCUUUUUGGCCUUUUGCCUUGCCUUGCCGUCGCUGGGUAGCUCGGUUGCUUUCUCGGCAGCAACCAGUAUUGCUACAAUUGGAUUGUAUCUAAGUUACGCGAUGCCUGUUCUGAUUGCAGUGAUCUGGCCGUCCAACUUCGCGAAGGGUCCUUUUAGUCUGGGGAAGUUUUCUUGGCCUAUCGGUCUGAUUGCUUGUCUUUGGGUCCUUUUCAUCACUGUUGUGUUUUGCCUCCCUACUGCAAAUCCUGUCACUGAACAAACUCUCAACUAUACCCCGGUGGCGGUGGGAAUAGUAUUGGUUGGUACAUUAGGAUCGUGGGUCCUUUGGGCUCAUCGCUGGUUCAAGGGGCCAAUGCGUCAGAUAGAUGUUGAUGCCAUAAGCGAGUCUGUUCCAACAGAAGACCAAACGGUACUAGAAGCGAAGAAGGCGUAA